CCAGCGAGGCCCGGCCCGGCCCGGCCGCGGAUCCCGGAGCGGCGGCGCCCGGCGCUCGCAGAUCACCCAGAAGACACAAUGAGUGUUAAAGCUUUCAAGCUCGUUUCUGCUGUUGAGCGGGAGGUGUUAAUGGGAGACAAAAAUCACAUCAACAUUGAAUGCAUCGAGUGUUGUGGAAAGAACCUCUACAUUGGAACCAACGACUGCUUUAUCUAUCACUUCCUGCUGGAUGAAAAACUAUCGACAGCUGGAAAAAUAACUUUUGCUGCCACCAAGCAACUGCAUAAAUACCUGGGCUUCAAGAAGCCGGUAAAUGAGUUGAAAGCGGCAUCUGCACUCACCAGGCUUCUUGUGCUCUGUGACAACACGAUAACACUAGUUAAUAUGAUGAACUUGGAACCUGUCCCCACUGGUGCUAGAAUCAAAGGAGCUGUGACGUUCACCUUAAAUGAAAACCCUGUGAGUGGGGACCCUUUCUGCGUCGAAGUCUGCAUUAUCUCCGUCAAGCGACGGACCAUUCAGAUGUUCAUGGUGUUUGAAGACAGAGUCCAGAUCGUGAAGGAGGUGUUCACUCCAGAGCAACCCUGUGCCGUGGCUGUAGAUGGCUAUUACUUGUGUCUUGCACUUACUACACAGUAUAUCAUUUUGAAUUAUAAUACUGGCGUCUCCCAGGAUCUAUUUCCUUUCAGCAGUGAUGAGAAACGGCCGAUUGUGAAGAGGAUUGGCAGGCAAGAGUUUCUGUUGGCUGGUCCUGGAGGGCUAGGCAUGUUUGCAACUGUCGAUGGCAUUUCACAGCGAGCCCCCGUGCACUGGUCCGAGAACGUGAUUGGAGCAGCUUUGUGCUUUCCCUACGUUGUUGCUCUAGAUGAGGAGUUCAUUACAGUGCACAGCAUGCUUGACCAGCAGCAAAAGCAAACCUUACCUUUUAAAGAAGGCCACAUUCUACAGGACUUUGAAGGAAAGGUGAUUGUUGCUACCAGUAAGUGUGUGUAUAUCUUGGUGCCGCUGCCUUUGGAGAAACAGAUUCAGGAUCUUCUAGCUAGUCACAGAGUGGAAGAAGCCCUUGUCCUAGCAAAAGGAGCUCGAAGAAAUAUUCCAAAAGAGAAAUUUCAGGUAAUGUACAAACGAAUCCUGCAGCAAGCAGGUUUUAUACAGUUUGCACAGCUUCAGUUCCUUGAAGCAAAAGAGCUAUUCAGAAGCGGCCAGCUUGACGUCCGGGAGCUGAUCUCUCUCUACCCCUUCCUGUUGCCUACUUCCUCUUCAUUUAUACGGUCUCAUCCCCCUCUGCAUGAGUAUGCUGACCUCAACCAGCUGACCCAAGGGGACCAGGAGAAGAUGACAAAAUGCAAACGAUUCCUCAUGAGUUACUUGAAUGAAGUCCGCAGCACCGAGGUUGCAAAUGGUUACAAGGAAGACAUCGACACAGCUUUACUCAAGUUAUAUGCAGAGGCGAAUCACGAAAGCCUGCUAGAUCUGCUAGUUUCGGAGAACUUCUGUCUUUUAACAGAUAGUGCUGCCUGGUUGGAAAAGCACAAAAAGUAUUUUGCCCUUGGUCUCCUUUAUCACUACAAUGGUCAAGAUGCUGCAGCACUUCAGUUAUGGGUGCAGAUAGUUGACGGAGAUAUUGAGGAUUCUACACGUUCGGAUCUCUAUGAAUAUAUAGUAGACUUCCUGACGUUCUGCUCAGACCAAGAUCUAGUGUGGAAAUACUCUGAGUGGGUUUUACAGAAAAAUGAAGAGGUUGGGGUACAGAUUUUUACUAAAAGGCCUUUGGAGGAACAGGAGAAAAACAUCAAUCCAGAUGAUAUCAUCAGUUGCCUUAACAAAUACCCUAAAGCACGUGUUAAAUAUCUAGAACAUCUUGUAUUAGAAAGAAAAAUACAGAAAGAAAAGUAUCAUACUCAUCUAGCUGCAUUGUAUUUGGAGGCAAUACUUCAGCUAAAAUCUGUGACCACGGAUAAUUGUACAGAAACAACUGAACUUCUGUCAAAACUACGCAGUCUUCUUCAGAAAUCUGAUCUUUAUAGAGUUCACUUUAUUUUGGACAAAGUCCGUGGCAUGGACCUUCAUAUGGAAAGUGCAAUUUUGUAUGGAAAACUAGAAGAACAUGAGAAGGCUUUGCAUAUCCUUGUCCAUGAGUUGAAGGACUUCCGUGCUGCUGAAGAAUAUUGUAUAUGGAACUCUGAGAACAGAGAUCUUCAGUACAGACGGAGGCUUUUCCAUAUGCUGCUGUCAGUAUAUCUAAAUCCAGGCGCUUCGGAUUAUGCGCUAGUCAUGGCUGCUGUGGAUCUCUUGAAUAACCAUGCUGCAGAGUUUGACGCAGCUCUGGUCUUGCAGCUGGUGCCUGACAGCUGGUCAGUGCAGCUCCUUUCCCCCUUCCUGGCUGGAGCAGUGAGGCAAAGCAUUCACACAAAAAGAAUGACACAGGCUGCACUUGGGUUAGCACAAGCUGAAAACUUGAUCUACAAAUACGAGAAGGUCAAACAAAAAGGAACCCCAAUUCACCUUUCGGACAAAAAGGUCUGUCAAGUGUGCCAAAAUCCUUUCUGCGAGCCUGUAUUUGUAAGAUACCCGAAUGGGGGUAUGGUCCACACACACUGUGCUGCAAACAGACGUCUGAAUUCAAACAUGGCUCAUCACUCUUCCAGCUCCAGCAAUCAGACUUGAAAUAUGUUCCAGGUCCCACAAGUUCCCGUGACUUACAUCCCAUUGAAAGUGGGCUGGAAAAAAGAACAAAGUGCAGCUACUUUAAGUAUAAAAUCAAGAUGAACAGAUAGUCCUUGGGUUAAUGGGAGGAAUUCCAUAAACACAAAAUAUGGCCACUUGCCUUCUCAAUUUCUAAUGAAUGUAGAUAUAGGAAAAAAGUUCACUACCACAGAGAGGUGUAAAUAUAGGCUCUUCUGUACAUAGUAAUAAACAGAUAAAGAAAGCAAGCCUUUUCUCCAUAGUAAGGAUGAGAUGAAUGUUAUGGAGACAAGGUAAACAGUUAUUUUCAGAAAUGUCACUUUGCACUGAAUGUGGUGUUGAUAAACAUGUAGAGGUGGAGAUGGCAUCUCUUGAAGUUGGAAUUCUUGGAGCAUUACAUGACAAGACUGGCAUAACGCAGCUGACUGUCAGGACAAAAACAUAGUUUGGUUAUGAUGUUUGCUGCAGCAUGUCCUCUUUUGGAUUCUCUUCCCCAGGAUCACGUUAUGAACUUGUUCUUUGCUCUACGAGUCAUUGGCUUUUGCACUUUUUAGUACUUUUAUUUCCUUCCCCUCUCCUCUGCUGUAUAGAAUUUAAACUUGAGCACUGGUCUGUUAGGUUUCUACUCCUACAGUUACUGUAGUAAACUGAGUGGAAACUGAUUGCCUUGGUCACACAGCUGUGCUUGGAAGAAAAAAUGAAGUCAGAUUGUCUGGUUAGGCUGUAGUCACUUUUAUAUGGGGAAGAUACUUUAAUAUUGAUUUAUUUAUUAAUAUGCAAAUAUACUGUACAUACAGUUGAAUAAAUUGAUCUUAUCAUAGAGUUUCCUUGGAGGAUAAGGAUGUAGCUGAUGCAUAAGCAUAUAGGUUACAUGCUAAAUGUUUGCUAUAGCAUAACUGAAGCAGAUUGGAACUCCACAAGAAUGGGUGUUACUACCUGUGGAUGACUUUGUGCAAUCAGAAUCAUGGAAAGGUGAUAUAAUUGGGAGCAAAUCUACAAAGAUGCACUACAGGGGUACUGGAUCUGUUGUAUUUUACAAAACAUUCUGUAAACUAAAGCUUUUCGGACAACAAAAAAUAUUUAACUGCCAGGAUGGAUUGUUUAACCAUUUUAAAGCAAUUUAAAAGAGGCAGUGUCCCACAAAAAAAAGGUUCAAAAAUGAUGACUUUAAAUAAAAGUUAAGAAUUUCAAAAUCAAAGUAUUUCUUUCAAUUUUUUAAUGCUCUAAUAAAUAGUGAACAGCAUGCAACUGACAGUCAGUGGGGUUUCUUACUGUUUUAGUGUUCCAAAUCAGAAUUCAGGCUUCCCGCAAAGGAUCAUCUGCAUGUUAUCAUCUAGAUGCGGUCUCAGCAGAAGUCUCAGAAGUGUUACAAGGCUGUUUCAUAAGCCAACCUUUCCAUAAAUGUUGUGUUGCAUCCAAGAAUGGGCAACCAGACUGCAUCCAGGAUAUCUAUUUCUUUCUAUUGGAAGCAAAAGCCUUUUGGAUCUUUCUCUUUCCUGAGUCAGCAAUCAGAAAAGUAUAGACAUUGUGUUGGUUUAAAAAAAA